AUUCCUUUCUACGGAACGAAGAAGCAAUUUGUCGAGGAAUGAGAAACCACUGGCGAUUGAUUCUUCUUCUCCGGUCAUCUCACCCAAACGUAGCAAGAAGCACAUAUCACUCUCGCCUCAAUGGGCAGCUAGGGAACACUUUCCGCUACAUUGCUUCUGCGCCCUUCCACUUCCGUGCACAUCAUAUCUCUCCUUUCCGAACCUCUACACCGUUCCGUUGGUUUUCUACAUCUGAUCUCGCCAGCGAUCACAACGGCCAGUCGGAUCCAAUUACUACUGUGUAUGAUAUCUUUUCUAAGGCGGACAAAAGCAAUGAGGAUAUCCGGCUUGAUUUAGAGUCCAAUGGUGUUGCUAUUACUCAUGAUUUGGUUCUUAGGGUUUUGCGUAGUCAUGGAUUUGCCCCUGAAUCCGCGCUUAGGUUUUUUGACUGGGUUUCGGAGAAUGAUAGCGACAGAUUAAGCUCAAAGUCCUACAAUCUUUUGCUAGGUUUGCUGGUUAACAGUGGCAAUGUGAAUGAUUUCUGGGAAAUCGUUGAUGCAAUGAAGAAGAAAGGGUACGGAGUGUCUAAGGGUGCUUUUAGUAGGGCUUUGGGGAAAUUUGAGAAGGAAGGUUUAGUUGAUGACAUUAAGAAGCUGAACCACAUGUAUGCUUCUGGAUCAACGGACAAUUCCAUAGAAAAAGUUGUUUCAAGGAUAUGCAAGAUUAUACGCCAAAAUGUUAUGUGGGAUUAUAAUUUGGAAACCCAACUGCGGGGUUUCAACUAUACCAGUGAUUUGGUUUCAAUGGUUUUGAUGAAUCUUGAAAAUGAAAUCAACAAAGGGAUGAUAUUUUUCAGGUGGAUUGAAGAGACUGGUUUGUUCAAACAUGAUGGUUGUACAUAUAAUACUAUGGUGAGAGUUUUGGGCAGAGAAGGUUCAACUGAGAAGUUUUGGAGGGUUAUGAGUGAAAUGAAAGACAAUAGUUAUGAAAUGGAAACCUCCACAUACCUUGAACUCUUCGAGCAUUUCACUAGUAAGAAAAUGAUUAAAGACGCUGUUGAACUCUAUGCAUAUGCAAUGUCUGGUGAAAACAAGCCAUCUCUGCAGGAUUGCACUUUUCUCUUAAAGAAAAUAGUUGUUAGCAAGGAUCUUGAUAUGGAUUUGUUCUCACAAGUUUUGAGGGUCUUCAAAGAAAGUGGGAAUAUGCCAACAAAAUCCAUUCUUGAUGCUAUCUUGAAGUCAGUUUCCAGUACUGGAAGAUGGGAUGAAUGCAAUAAGAUUUUGACAGCUUUGGAAAACUUUGGUCUCUUACCUAACGAGUCUCAGCAAAGUAAGAUUUUAUAUUAUCAUAGUUUGUAUGAAAAGAGCGACGAAGUAACUGAGUUGUUGACCAAUAUGGACUCAUCAGAUUCAAGUCUGAGUUAUAGAGCUUGGGCAUCAUUGGUUGAGGGAUACUGUGAUGCUGGAAAUCUAUGCAAAGCCUCCGAGGUUCUUGAGAAAAUGAUUGGAAAAGAAGUUCCUGCUUGUGCUGGGAAUGUUCUAGAAUCAUUGGUGUCAGCAUACUGUUGUGAGAAGAAAACUAAAGAUGCAUUUGGACUUGUGAAGAAUUUGGUAAAUGAGAAAGGUUUACAUCCUCUGCGAAGCACCUAUAAGCUGUUAGCAGGGAAAUUGUUGAUUAAGGGGUAUUUUUCUGAAGCUGUAGAAGUUCUUCAUAUGAUGAAGAAUCAUGGGUACCCACCUUGUAUAGGUGGGUUCAUCAAGUAUCUGUCCAAAGAUGGAAGUGCCGAGGAUGCCCUAAAGUUUUCAAAAGCGAUGACUGUGAAGAAGUUUCCUUCAAAAACUGUAAUUCUCAAUCUGUUUGAAGCAUAUUUUAAAGCAGGAAGGCAGAAUACAGCUCAAGACUUUCUUGCCAAAUGUCCAAAGUACAUACGUGACAAUGCUGACGUGUUGAAUCUGUUUUAUUCCAAGAAAUGUGAGAGAUCAAAUGAGACUGAAACUGUUGCUGUUGCAGCCUAGUAGUCAAAUAGCCGUUUAUCAUCUAAUGUAUUUUGUCACUCAGGUGGAGUUUUAAAUGUUGAAUUUUUAAGAGCUUUUUGUAUCGAUUUCCAAAUGUUUUCUUGCUUGAAUCCGAAUAAAUUUUUUUAAAUCUUUUUUCGUUUUUGUUUUCAUUUUAAUCAUGUUCUAUAUAUAGCUUACCCGCCUGGAAAACACAUGAGAAGAUUUUGUGUAAAUUUCUUCUAAGUUGUACCUGCAUAUCUUGCAGAUCAUUUCCUUUUUUUUAUACAUACCUUGCUUUUUGGACAGUAGGUUCUUUUGCUUGUUAUAAUUAGAACAAAUUGUCUCUGAAGUCCG